AUGCUGCGCGAGCGGACGGUGCGGCUGCACUACGGCAGCCGCGUCGAGGCGGUGUAUGUGUUGGGCACGCACCUCUGGACCGACGUCUACAGCGCGGCCCCUGCGGGCGCCCAGACCUUCAGCCUGAAGCACUCGGAGCGCGUGCGGGUGGAGGUGGUGUGCGACGGGCAGGCCGAGGAGGUGGCCACCAAUGGCAAGCAGCGCUGGCCCCUGUCGCCCAGCACCACGCUGCGGCUCACCAUGAGCCAGGCAAGCCCCGAAGCCAGCAGCGACAAGGUCACCGUCAGCUACUAUGAGGAGGAGGGGAUCACACCCGUCGACCAGGCUGGGCUCUUCCUCACAGCCAUCGAGAUCUCCCUGGAUGUGGAUGCAGACCGGGACGGCGUGGUGGAGAAGAACAACCCAAGAAAGGCAUCCUGGACCUGGGGUCCUGAGGGCCAGGGGGCCAUCCUGCUGGUGAACUGUGACCGAGACACACCCUGGCUGCCCACGGAGGACUGCAGUGAUGAGAAGGUCUACAGCAAGGAAGACCUGAAGGACAUGUCCCAGAUGAUCCUGCGGACCAAAGGCCCCGAGCACCUCCCUGCCGGCUAUGAGAUCGUCCUCUACAUCUCCAUGUCGGACUCGGACAAAGUGGGCGUGUUCUACGCGGAGAACCCCUUUUUCGGCCAGCGUUACGUCCACAUCCUGGGCCGGCGGAAGCUCUGCCACGUGGUCAAGUACACAGGCGGCUCCGCGGAGCUGCUGUUCUUCGUGGAAGGCCUGCGUUUCCCUGACGAGGGAUUCUCAGGCCUGGUCUCCAUCCACGUCAGCCUGCUGGAGUACAUGGCCGAGGCGAUCCCUCUGACGCCCAUCUUCACGGACACCGUGACGUUCCGCAUCGCUCCGUGGAUCAUGACCCCCAACAUCCUGCCUCCCGUGUCGGUGUUUGUGUGCUGCAUGAAGGACAACUACCUGUUCCUGAAAGAGGUGAAGAACUUGGUGGAGAAAACCAACUGCGAACUGAAGGUCUGCUUCCAGUACAUGAACCGAGGAGACCGCUGGAUCCAGGAUGAAAUCGAGUUCGGCUACAUCGAGGCCCCGCACAGAGGCUUCCCCGUGGUGCUGGACUCCCCCAGAGACGGAAGCCUGAAGGAUUUCCCGGUGAAGCAGCUCCUGGGCCCAGAUUUUGGCUAUGUGACCCGGGAGCCGCUCUUUGAGCCUGUCACCAGCCUUGAUUCCUUUGGGAACCUGGAGGUCAGUCCGCCAGUGACCGUGAAUGGCAAGACAUACCCCCUGGGCCGGAUCCUCAUCGGGAGCAGCUUUCCUCUGUCCGGUGGUCGGAGGAUGACCAAGGUGGUGCGGGACUUCCUGCAGGCCCAGCAGGUGCAGGCGCCCGUGGAGCUCUACUCAGACUGGCUGACCGUGGGCCACGUGGAUGAAUUCCUGACCUUCGUCCCCAUCCCAGGCACCAGGAAAUUCCGGAUGCUCAUGGCCAGCACCGCAGCCUGCUAUAAGCUCUUCCGAGAGAAGCAGAAGGAGGGCCACGGGGAGGCCAUCAUGUUCAAAGGCCUGGGCGGGAUGAGCAGCAAGCGCAUCACUAUCAACAAGAUUCUGUCCAAUGAGAGCCUCGUGCAGGAGAACCAGUACUUCCAGCGCUGCCUGGACUGGAACCGCGACAUCCUCAAGAAGGAGCUGGGACUGACGGAGCAGGACAUCAUCGACCUGCCCGCCCUGUUCAAGAUGGACAACAGCCGCCAGGCCAGGGCCUUCUUCCCAAACAUGGUGAACAUGAUUGUGCUCGACAAGGACCUGGGCAUCCCCAAACCGUUCGGGCCCCAGGUGGAGGAGGUGUGCUGCCUGGAGACGCGUGUGCGCUCCUUGCUGGAGCCCCUGGGCCUCUGUUGCACCUUCGUGGACGACAUCUCCGCCUACCACAAGUUUCUGGGCGAGGUGCACUGUGGCACCAACGUGCGCCGGAAGCCCUUCGCCUUCAAGUGGUGGCACAUGGAGCCCUGA